GAUUCUCCUGCGUUACACUGCGUUGUAUUGUCAAAUCAGAGACGGGAGGAGACACAUGAUAAAGAGAGAGCAAAGGGACUUCUGUGUGCCAGUUUCUCCCAAGCAUGAGUGUCUGAUGGUGGGUUCAAGCAAUGGAUUUGUAUUUUAAUGACAUUGUUAAACAGGGAUAUGUGUAUUUUCGCAGCAAGCAUUUAUGGAUCUAUCGGAGGUUCUGGCUUGUUCUAAGAAGAGACUCCAGUAAAGGACCCAAGAGAUUGGAGAGGUUCUCAAAUGAACAGGCGGCUAACUGCCAAUGUCACCACAAAGUGACAGACCUCACAAAAAUAAGAAAUGUUACCAGACCCCCACGGGAUAAAAAGAAACACGCUGUGGUUCUGACGUUCAUUGAUGACUCACCAAAGGCGUUUGCAUGUGAUUCAGAGUUGGACGCCAAAGAAUGGUGCAAUGUGCUACAAAUGGAAUGUCUGGAGACUAAAAUGACUGACUUGCCCUUGGAGGACCCAGUCCUAUUGAACAUGAGUCUACAUCGAGAUCACAGAGAGCAGUUCCACGUGUUCAUGAAGCCAUCACAGUGUAUGGAUUUCAGUGGGGAAUGCAAUCUACAGAUCACUUGUGACACUCUCUUGCUGUGGGACACCCAGAACCCUGGUCUCAAAAUCACAUCCUGGCCACUGCGGUCACUUCGCCGUUACGGUCGGGGUCAAAACUGGUUCACAUUUGAAGCUGGGAGGAUGUGUGACACUGGAGAGGGACUCUUCACCUUUCAGACACCAGAGGGAGAACGGCUCCAUCAUAGAGUGAAUGAGGCGGUGUUAGCCACUGUGGAGCAAGAGGACUGGCUAUGCUGUGAUGAGAGGAAGACAGGCACGGAGAGGAGAACCGGAGAGUCUACAAUACCUUGGUCUCUGUGCUGAUACUGCUGAUUCUGACGGCCCAGUCUGUCACGCCUUGGUCUUAGUAUUUUGUGUUUUCUUUCUUUAUUUGGUCAGGCCAGGGUGUGACAUGGGUUAUUGUGGUGUGUUUUUUGUCUUGGGGUUUUGUGGAGUGACUAAUUAGUCUAUG